AUGUCUUUAAAGCACAUAGCCGAAUAUGUCUUUUCCGAAUCAUUUAUCUUCAGCUAUGAUUCCAUCUUUGUAACACACUCAAUGCAAACGAACUACUCUUUUGCCAAAAUAUACAGAUUUCCCAAUGUGCUUCUAGAGUCUUUUUCUUUCUACUCCUGUUCGUCGGUGCACGAUCUCUCUGUCUCUCUAAACAGCACAAAUACGCAAAUAACGAUAAGCAGCGAUACGACACAUGAAGAGCAUACAUAUGAUAUCGAAGAGAUAAGCGAUCCCUUAGAAAGUAGUAGUAUAAAAAGAAGUCUAAUGGUAAAAAAUGGCGCUUGCAAUCAAAGCCUGUGUGUUCCCACUGUGUACAUACAUGGCCAGCAGGCAUUUGCAGUAGAAGAUAAAGAGAUCGAUGGGUUCUAUCACAGCACAGAUGAGAUGAAGCUGUACACGUAUAUACCCUCAAAGUGCACUAUUAAGGAGUAUGCUCUUUUUGCCGUAGAAAAAAUAUACCCCAAGGGACUGUGCUUUCUUUUUCCUGACCACAUGACAGUUAAUCUUCCUUCGCAAAGCUAUACACUUCCUGCAGAGUUUACGAACAACAUGAGAAUUUCCUUUUUUGAGCACAAAAAUACAUUGCACAGUGUUUUUUCAAGCAAUGGCCUGAUUAUGUACAAGAACCAGUUCAAGAAGUACCCGGACGGUUUUACUCCCACAAAAAUAUGGAACAAAUAUUUCUACAUGUAUCUUUUCUCCGCGCACAGCAGAAGACUUCUUGUUCUGAACAGAAACCUUGAGAUAGAGUACGAAAUGGGCGCAACUGAUGUUUUUGUUUCAGACGAGUAUGUUUUCAUCUCCAAGCACAAGAAAACCAUAGCACACCGCACAAAAACUUUUUCUUUUUCUUUUCUGUUGGAAGACUUUUCGGUCACAGACGAUGUUAUAUCUGUGGAGACUGUGGGCAAUUUAGUGCUGAUUUUUACGCUGGAGAAGAUUCUAAAGCGCACAACUCCGCUGUUUUCUCUCUUUAUCACUGAAAUAGAUACAGUAAAAAAGACAGUGGUAAAACGCAGCCCUUCUCCUUCUCCAAACAGUCUGUGGGCAGAGCACGGAUUCAACAUAUUUUACCUAGCAGAGAAUCCUAAAAAGCCGUAUCUUACUACCGGUGUGUUUGAUAUAUCCGUUGCAGUGCGCGGAGAUAAGUAUCUAGCGUUUGGAGUAUCUGCAAACAGUGUGCUUGUUUUUUGGCCUGAUAAUAUGGUGCAGAUUCCAAUCACAGCCAUUGAAAAGCCUUUUUCCUUUACACACAAAAAGAAUAACACAUCUGUUUUUGUGGGAGUGCCUAUCCAAAUAGAUGCAGAAAAAGGGACUCUUCACAUAGUUCGUGAAGGUCUGAGCCAAGAGUGCAUCUUCCCCGUGCUCCUUCUUCUCCAUGCAUCAGGUGUUUUGCCAGGGCCUUAUCUAUUUUCGCUUUUUUCACAGGUGCCUGAGUACAAAACCAGCAUAGAAAGAACGCUGUUUUAUUUUCUGCAAACAGAGGACAUAGAAGGAUUUAUAGAUAUAAUAGAGUCCAUCAAGAUGCAUGCAGCUCAUAUAUACGAAGAGGUUGUAUCAACGAUGCUGAGGCUUCUAGAUGAGAAAAACAUCGAAAAGCUAUACAAUGUAAUAGACAGGGCGGAUGUAAAAGAUUUUAAGUGUGCGGUGUCUUUAAGAAAAGCACUGAUCCAAGAUUUCUCGCUUUUCGAGAGGUUUCUAGACAGCGCCAUUGCCCAAAGAAAAGAGCACCUGGUUUUUGAAUUUGUUGAUUUUGCCAGUAAAAUUGAGGACCCUGAGCUGCACAGCAGAAUACUUGCUCUUCUUCUUAAGAACACAAUGCUGUACACUUCCGGGAUGUUUUUGUCAAAAAUAAAUGUCCCAUCUAGAAGCGAUGAAAUAGAGCGAGACUCACUCGUUGAGACAUACAUGGCCACCAACAGUAUUGUAGAGCAAAUAAAGGAGAGAAAAGAGCCCGCAGAAAUACUAGAGAGGAUUUUCACAGGAAAAGACGCUCUUCUUAUAGCAAUGGUGGCUGAAAGACUCUGCAUCCUCAGCGGAGAUAAGCAAUAG